AUGUCCACCGAAAAAGAGGAGGCCGCGCAGGCCGUGGGCUUGGAGACGACCGAGAAGAGCCACUACCCGGAAGUGAGCACGGGCACGGGCGAGACGGCGGCCAUUGCGGGUGCCCAAGCCCGGACGGUGCACAAUGCCGAACUGUAUGCUGCUCUGCAGGAGACCAAGCUCAAGGCCUGGAGCAAAGAGUCCCGGAAGCUGUACUUCGCCAUCCUCAUUGCCUUUUGCUGUGCCUGUGCCAACGGCUACGACACCUCGCUCAUGACGGGCAUUCUGGCCAUGCCCCACUUCCAAAACGUGUUCAAAACGGGCACCACCGGCACAAAAGUCUCUGUCAUGUUUUCACUGUACACUGUUGGCGCCAUGGUCGGCUCGCCGUUUGCUGCCAUCCUGUCGGACCGCUUCGGCCGUCGCAAGGGCAUGUUUGCCGGCGGCUGGGUGAUUAUCAUCGGCAUGAUUAUUGCGUCGACGGCGUCGACGCUGGCGCAGUUUAUUGUCGGCCGCUUCGUGCUCGGCGUGGGCAUCUCCAUCAUGACGGUGGCGGCGCCGGCGUACGCCGUGGAGAUUGCGCCGCCGCACUGGCGCGGGCGGUGCACGGGCUUCUACAACUGCGGGUGGUUCGGCGGCAGCAUCCCGGCGGCGGCGAUUACGUUUGGCAGCAACUACAUGGACAACAACUACUCGUGGCGCAUCCCGCUGAUCCUGCAGGCGUUUGCGUGCCUGCUGGUCAUCUGCUCGGUGUGGUUCCUGCCCGAGUCGCCGCGGUUCCUGAUGGCCAACGGGCGCGACGCCGAGGCGGUCGCGUUCCUGGCCGCGUACCACGGCAACGGCAACGCGCAGUCGCGGCUCGUGCUGCUCGAGGUCGAGGAGAUGCGCGACAGCAUCCGCCAGGACGGCAUCGACAAGAGCGCCUGGGACUACCGCCCCUUUUUCUUGACGCACGCCGGCCGCUGGCGCAUGGCCCAGGUGCUCAUGAUUUCCAUCUUUGGCCAGUUCUCCGGCAACGGCCUCGGCUACUUUAACACGGUCAUCUUCAACAACAUUGGCGUCACCAGCGUCCCCCAGCAGCUCGGCUACAACCUGCUCAACGCCGUCCUGUCCGCCGUCGGCGCCCUCACCGCCGUCUGCUUCACCGACCGCAUGCCCCGCCGCACCGUCCUCGUCUACGGCACCCUCGCCUGCGCCGCCGCGCUCGCCUGCAACUCGGGCCUGUCCGCCGCGCUCGACAAGCAGUCCGCCAGCGCCGCCGGCGUGCAGACGUCCUACGCCCAGGGCGCGCUCGCCGCCUACUUUUUGUUCAACAUCAUCUUCUCCUUCACCUACACGCCGCUGCAGGGCGCCAUCCCCACCGAGGCCCUCGAGACCACCACCCGCGCCAAGGGCCUGGCGGCGUCCAGCAUCAUUGUCAACGCCGUCGGCUUCAUCAACCAGUUUGCCGGUCCCGUCGCCCUCGGCAACAUUGGCUACAAGUACAUUUACAUCUUUGUCGGCUGGGACGUGGUCGAGGCGGGGUUGUGGUAUCUAUUUGGCGUCGAAUCUCAAGGCCGUACCCUCGAGCAGCUCGAGUGGGUCUACAACCAGCCCAACCCCGUCAAGGCCUCCCUCCAGGUCGACAAGGUGAUCAUCCAGGCCGACGGCACCGUCACCGAAAAGGUCGUUUCGUCGCCGUCUGCGUAA